UGUUCUUCUGGCCGCGAAAGAAUUUUUCAGCUUGCAACAAUAUCUUGAAGCAUGUUUAGAAUGUUUGUCGCAAGAAAAAGAUGAGCACCACGGAGGCUUUCUGCAAGGCUGAAUUUGAGGCUGAGUGAGGUUGUGACUUCAACGACACUUUUAUCGUCCUCUUCCAUUCAUUUUGCAUUAAAAAAAUAACAUUGCGACAUGAGCCGAGCUAGACGCAAAUGCUUCCAGGCGACAUCGAAAGAGCAAGACCUAAUCCUAUCAAUGGCUUCCCCCGCCUGGCUUCCAAAAUCGCGAGCGAUCCCGAUAAAACAACCACAAUAUAUCGACGCUUUGAUAAACUCUCAGCUCGAAAUCUGCUAUAUCUAGAAGCCGAAAUCGCUGAACUUGAGACUUUGCAAAAUCAACACGAUGAGGCAGAUCUCAAGUCUGCGGAUAGUACGACGAUUAGCUGUCAUAGCGACUGGAGGAAGUUUCAGAGGUGUGCGGGGGAGCAAGAUGCGCAUGGAGAGUUCGUACAUUUGAGACAGAAGGAAAAGAUGGAAUUAGCAUUGCGAAUCAAACACAAAUUGAAAGAAUAUCACGAAGCACUCGCUGUUCACAAAACGCUCCUGAAUUCGAAACCACCAGCAUCAACAACUGUGAGAGCAAUGAGGAAUUGGUUCUUAGACACAACCUCAGACAAAGUCGAGUCUAGGCCCCAACUUUGGGGAAGUAGUGCAAAGAAGUAUGAUGAUGUCCAUGACCUCGUUGCGCUUCGCGUACCGGCAGACCAGGACCGACUCUCUGAGUUCAUCUUGAACUACUUCAGCUAUUUCUUCAAGGCUACCCGACAAGACGGUCAAUCAGCAUACAUCUCUGAACGCUCUGUCGCCAAAUUCGUCGCGAUACUCAGCUCUAUAUUAUCUGCAAUCCUCUUAUUCGGCUCCAUAACAUCGCUUUAUUUCGUUCACAAUCCAUAUGCGCUUCUUGGAAUGCUGGGCGGCUGGACGGUGUUGUUCGCGACAUGUGUAGGUUGGUUGACGAACGCAAAACGAGGACCAGAUUUUCGCAGCAACGGCGGCAUAUGCAGCGGUCUUGGUUGUGUUCAUCAGUGGGACUUUGGGUGGUGUUUAUCCUGCUCCUAUGGUCAUGGGAACCUGUAAUUGCACGC